UUAGCCAACACAGCCUGUCCCAAUACAAUUUGUUCGUUGUUAUUUUUCGUUUUUAUUUAAUUUUAAGCUGGCUGGGACUUAAAUAGUAAUUUAGGAAACAAACUCAGGAUGUCGAGAAUUGUGAUGAAUCAACUAACCCACCCGCAGCGUGUUCGCCUGCUGUACAAAACCAUUCUGCGAUUGCACAGAGGACUUCCGGCUGAACUGCGUGCUCUGGGCGAUAACUAUGUACGGGACGAAUUCCGGCGGCACCUCACCUGCAAUCCCAUGGAGGCACAGCUCUUCAUGACCGAGUGGGCCCGCUAUGCGUCCACGAUCACCCAGCAACUGGGCAUACGGGGCAAGCCCAAGGGGCAGUUGGGCGAGCAGAUCGAUCCCGAGGCCGUGGAAAUGCUUAAGGACGACCAGGUGGUCCAAUUGUACGAGCUCAUGCUGGCGGCCAAGAGUAUAGGUGAUGAUACAAGCGCGGCAAACGACAUACGAAGCAAAUAAAUUGGUGGUUUUCUUUA